AUGUGCCAGAAUAGAGCAGAAAGAAAAGAUUUAAGGUUAAAAAAGCAGGAUCCUGGAAGCCCAUCAGAUCCUACAGAAUUCACGUUUUUUAACCUACCAAGACCAGAAGUUACUACCAGAAUAGUUACUAUUGCGAUGUUUUAUUUGUUUUUGCGGUAAAUAUAUCCGAUAUAUUGUUCCAAUCACCAACGUCCGUGGACGAUUUUCAGUAGCAAAUCGUUUAAACGGUGCAACGGCGAAAUCGAUUUUUGAUUUUCCUUGUUGUUUAAUUAAAAAUGGGGAAAAACGUAAUGAAAAACGACAGAAAUAUUUACGCAAUCGCGGUGUCUAAUUAAAUUAUGUCAAAUACGACUAAAUAUUCGGAAAUUGUAUACAAGAUAAUAUCGACUAUCCAGUUGGAAACUGAAACAGGUCAAAAAUCAGUUUACUUCGAAACAAUUUCAGUUCAAGAACGCAAUGAAAAUUAGUCCAAUUAUCGAGCAUUUAACUUGUUUUAGAACAAGAAUUAGAUUAGGUAACUUAAAUAAACUUAUUACAUUUAAUCCAUAUAUUUAUGUAACAUUAUUUUAAGGCCAGUUUAGAAUAAGAAUUUUAUUCAUAUCUAUUUAUUUCAUGUUUUAUAUUUUACUAAAUAUUCGUUAAAUUUUUAUAUUUAACCUAACCAACCAAACGAUACUAGGGGGAAAAAUCCUCACUAUUAAUUAACAACUAUUUAAAAAUAAUAAUUUAAUUAAGUAAUUAAAUUGAAUUAAUUCAAAUUAAGUAAUUAUUAGUGAUUAAAAAUCCAAAUAUGUAAUAAGUAGGUACAUAAUAUUAUUAUAUAUAUUGAAUUUUAAAAUAUGUUUUUAUAUAGAUUGUAUAAUGUGUAUUGUAUAUACGUAUUAAAGGUGUAAUACGAUUGCGACACCUAAGCUAAAACAAAAAGAUUUAAUUUUAAACCUAUAUAUUUUUUGUAAGAGUUUUAUAAUUUAACCUGCCCUAACAUUGACAUUGAAAUAUUAUCAUUAUUACUCCUAAAAAAAAAAUGUCAAGGAGAAAAUAUAUCUCCCUGAUCAGCCCACUGGGUAUCUAGGUAAAUAGAUGUCCAAUAAAAGUAUACCUAUAUCUUAUAGUAUUAUAUAUUAUUAUUUAAAAUCCUUCGGCUGAGUAUUAUACAAUAAUAAGAAAAUCAAAACAAUAAAUUAGUGAAUUAAGAAAAAUGUUAUAAUUUAUAAUAAGUAUUAAAAUUAAAAAAAAGACGGGCAUAGUUUGCACGUGGGUUCACCCACUGUUGUAGGUAAGAAGUUGGUAAGAUAAGAAACAAACGAGAAUUUAAUGUAUAUCUGUAAGAAACGAUAAACCAUUGCUAAAGAAAAAACUAUUCUGAGCAGAUUUUAGUUGAUAAUGUUACUUUGUCAAGAAUACAAUAUAUAGUAGGUAUAUAAUAUAUAUCAUAUUAUGGUAAAAUGAUUUCAAAAAUGUGCGUUUCCGUUACAACAAUGGUUGUUUAAAAAAAGAAAACCUUAAUAAUAACAAAAAAUUAUUAAAAACGGUUGCCAAUGACAACCUUAUUUUUAAUCUUUCAAUCCUAAAGAACCUAAAAAACUAGAUUUUCUUCAUUAUCAUUCAUGUAAAAAAAAAAUAAACAUUAUUAUAAAACCAAUACAUUCUUCACUCCACUCAGAGUCCUAAACAAUUGAAAAUCUUGGUCAGAAAGCGUACCAAAUAUUAUAUUGUAUUUCAUUAUUUUAUUAUACACGGAAUCGUGGACGAAAAAGAUAUUUACAAAAAAAAACCGUAAAGUAACAAACAACUACACAUUCAAGUCUCUAAAUUGCCUACACAAUACGCCCUUUUAUUAUUUGAAUUUUAUAUCAAAUCCUUUUCUUUUCUUUUUUUUUUUCUCAUAUUGAUUAUAAAAUUAUAGGUACUACAUAUACAGGUAUUAAUAUUAUAGAUUUAACAAUAAACACAAAAAAUAUAACAAUAUUAUUUAUUAUCUGACAUAAAUCAAUUUCAAAUUGUUAUUUACUAAUUUUGAGCUAUUUAAAACUAUUUGAAUUUUCCGAGUUUUAAUUUUUAUUAGGAUACAAAUUUUUUCACCACAAUAAUAAUGCCUCAAAACUAAAAAAAUUGAUUCGCCAUAUAUUUAUAUUAUAUAUAUUCGCCUAUAUUUAUUUAAUUCCCUUAUCUAUACAUUAAAUAUAUUUGUAUAUCCUACCGUCACGAAUUCCUAUCUAUACAACAAUAGCACAUAUGUCAGUUGUAUCAGUUUUUUUUUAAACAUGUUACGGUAUACACUGGUUUACAUACUAUUUUUUAUAUCAUCAAAACAUAAUACUGAUGUGAUAAAACAACAAAGACAUUAUCACACGCCAAUGGAAACAAUGUUGUUAUGUUUGAUCACGUAAAAUCCGGAAAACCACAACCAAUGAGAGGUGGCCCUUAUACCGCUCCGAGGGUAUAUAUGCCGGAGCAGCAACGGUCACUACUUCACUUAACAUCCAAACCUUCAACACCUACAUAACAGAAGAUUUGGAUACACUAAAACCACUGAAGACAACACGUCAAUCAACCAAAACUAUCCGCAGCAGCCGAUCGUACCAAUAGCCGCCAAGCCUACUGGCAAUACCCGACCAGACCACCACCGUACAAUUCAAGCUAAUCCAGUCCUUUUUAACUCUAAUAAAAGAACGUCAUAAUCGUCGGUGAUGCGGUACGAUGGAGAUCCUGCCAACAGCAUCCGGUGUACGAACUCGACUGCAACAGUCAAGCAAUUCAGCCGAACACGAAGAGCCGGUCAAAUACGGCAUCCGCAAUAACGACCACGAUUAAAGCUAACCCAAUCCUUUUCAGGACUUACUAAGGAACUACCUUAACUGAGAACCAUCAAUCUCCAGGCACCUCUUCUCACAAGGUUUGGCCCCCACUAAGCACGCUUAUUUAAACCACAUUACCCGGAUGAAAACG